AUCUCAUCUGAGUCUCAGUCUCAGCCUUCCACUCAGCUACCACAUCAUACCAGACCAUACCAAACCAUACCAUAUAUUCACAUUUACGUUUGCAUUUAUCAAAACUACAAUCCAACCAAGAGAAAAGAUAUUCAUUCAUUGAUCUCAAAAGGAUCAAAAAAAUCAUCAUCAUAUAAUGUCAGUAACUUUACACACCAGCCUAGGCGAUAUUAAAAUCGAAGUUUUCUGCGAAAGUGUACCGAAAACUGCUGAGGUAAAUAACCAUACUUUCCUUUUCUUUUGUUCUUUUUUUUCUUGUAUUCUUUCUAUACAAUCAAAGGUCAAUUAAUGACGCUCCGCGGGCCACUACCGUGGAGGCUUCUUCGCUCCGCUCUACCAUCCACCCAAAAUUACACCACGUACCUAACCUCCCCCUCUAGAAUUUCCUCGCCCUCUGCGCCUCAUCCUACUACACCCAAUCCCCAAUCCACCGUCUAAUCCCAACCUUCAUGCUCCAAACCGGUACACCCUCCCCAAACAACCCCAUCUUCUCCUCCCCUCCCCCAAAAGCCGGCGCCUCCAUCUGGCAAACCCCAUUUGCCGACGAAAUUCUCCCCACACUGCGACACAACGCACGAGGCAUUGUAUCGAUGGCUAAUAAAGGAAUUGGUACAAAUGGAUCUCAAUUUUUCAUUUUGUUUGCGCCGGCGCCGCAUCUAGAUGGGCAGAAUACUGUGUUUGGACAUGUGAUUGGGGAGGAGGGGAUGAGGGUUUUGGGGGAGUUGGAACGCUUGGAGGUGGAUAGGAAGAAUAGGCCUGUGGAGAAGGUCGUGAUUGAGAGGGUGACUGUGCAUGCUAAUCCUCUUGCGGCGUGAGUGGGAGUUGUGGGAGGGGGUAUGCGGAUAUAAUAGAUAAUGAAUGAUGGGUAUUAGAUCAGGGACGAUUAGGCUACACGUGCAAGACGAAAAAGGUACUUGUUCGUACAUCAUAUAUCGCCAGGGGGCGGCUAGAGGUUAAGUCUGCAUGCGUCUAGCCCAUUCUAGACAAAGGAUAAAAAGAUACCCAUAGAUGCAUAACAUCUACCAUGUCAGCAUCGGACGCAAAGAUGGCCCUUAUUAGGUAGUCUUCGGCAGUUAUUCUAAGACAAAUGGUCAGGCGGCCCAUGCUACAGCAGCAAUCGGGGAUUCCGGGGCACCGUCUGUGUAACAUUGGAUGGAUACUAGUUUCAAUAUUGGGGGCGGAGAAGCAGGAAGUAAAGCCAAGCAGGAAUAAUAGAUAGAUGAAUGAAUGAAUGGAUGAAUGAAU